CUAAAUUAAGACUGCAUAUAUUCAAAUGUUUCGGAUAAAAGUUUCCGACUCGUAGUUGGAGAAUGAGUGCUGUAAAAGAAGUAAGCCCUGCAGUUUCUCGUAACCUUUUAACGGGAUCUGGUACUUACAAUGUGCGUGAACCUGCAAAAGAAAAGAAACAAUCCAACGUAAACAUCUCGGUUGUUUUGUUGGAUCACACAGAAGUAGUGUUUAAAGUAAACAAGCGCGAUCGGGGUCAAGUCUUACUAGACCUUGUGUUCCAACAUUUACGAGUAACUGAAAUUAAAUUCUUCGGCCUUCAGUUUCCCAACGAUGUCCCUGAUACAAUGAGAUGGUUGGAUCCAACCAAAUCCAUUCGCAAACAGUUUAAGCGAGGUUAUCCAUACAUUCUGUUCUUCCGUGUCAAAUUUUACGCAACUGACCUAUCAACCAUGAAAGAUGAGUUUACCCGCUACCAGUUAUUCAUGCAAAUCAAGUUAGACUUGCUUGAGAGACGACUUAAGUGUUCUUUGUCAGAAGCUGCUUCUAUUGCAGCGCUGGCAGUUCAAUCGGAACUUGGAGAUUUUAACAGUGCUGAACAUAAAAAAAAUUAUGUUGCUGAAUUCCGUUUUAUUCCGAACCAAACAGAGGAAUUUGAAGCACAAGUAAUUCACUUGCAUAAAAUGCACAGGGGACUUUCCCCAUCUCAAGCAGAAUAUUAUUUUAUUAAGAAGUCACAAAAACUUGAAAUGUACGGGAUAGAAAUGCAUCGUGCUAAAGAUAAUGAUGAAGAAGAUUUGGAUGUUGGCGUGACUUCAACAGGGAUGCUGCUUUAUCAAAAUGGCUUCAAAAAGAAUGAGUUUCGAUGGUCAUCUAUAGUAAAGAUUUCUUUCAAGAGAAAGCAGUUUUAUGUCCAACUGCGAUCUGCAGCAAAAAAGGAAGUUAAUGCGAUUGAACCAAUUCACAGCUUUCAUAUGGAAAACUACAGGGCUUGUAAACGAUUGUGGAAAAGUUGUGUUGAUUUUCACUCCUUCUAUCGCUUGGAUCGAUGUAUGAGUCGUUCAUGCGGUCAUCAACAUGUUGCUAAUGAUGGAUUACCUGAACAAGAGGAUGAAAUGGCAAGACAGGAGAAACAUCUCUUCAGCUAUCUUACUUUAGGUGGGCGAGGUAAAGGCAGGGAAAAUGAUGAGUCAACUGAUGACUUGACACAACGUCAGCGAUAUUUAAGAACCAGAGCUGCCUCAACUAAAUCCAAAGAUAACAUGUCACUUGCCUGCAAUGGUGAGAGUAGGAAUGAAGAUAAAGCUCCGCGUAGAUUAAGUGCUCCACCCUCAGUUUAUUAUGGUGUUGGUGAAUCAGGGAUGACAGAUGAACAAAUGAUGGUGAUGCUCCAUCAGCAACAAGCCAGCAUGCAGUCUGCUCAUUCACAACCAAAAUUGUUUGUUAAUGCUAAUUAUGAAUCAAAUAAUAACAGUGAAAUUCCACCUCCCGUCAAAAUUCCAAUACAGUAUCACACUGGAGAUCCAGCACUAACUGCAUCUUAUAGAACGAUUCACAUUAGACCUGAAACAGCUGGGGAGGCCGAUGAAACAGCUGCAAGUGAGUUGUCUGUGCUUACCACAGGUAGUGAAACCAGCAGUGUCCUCACUUCUCUCACAGAAAAGUCGUACAUGCUUCCCAACCCUGUUCCCUUCCCUCACCAGUCAAGUGGUCAGAUGAAUGGAGUUCCUGAUGAUUUGGUUAUUAUUCGAAUCAAACCAGAUUUAGAAGGUCGUUAUGGUUUUAAUGUUAAGGGAGGAGCUGAUCAAAAUAUGCCAAUUUUAGUAUCUAAAGUUGCUGCUGGGUCACCUGCUGCCAUGUGCACUCCUGCUUUAAAUGAGGGGGAUGAAGUUCUACAAAUAAACGGACGUGAUAUUUCCUCUCACUCCCAUGAACAAGUUGUUCGGUUUAUCCGUUCAACAAGGGAGCAUCACACUGGACACUUGGUGCUGAUUGUGAGACCACAAAAUCAAGCAGAUGAAGAUGAGGUUGAAGUAUCUACUGAUGAUGUAGGGGAAGUUGUUGGUGCAGAUGAUGAUGAAGGUGCUCUUCUUGAGCGAUCCAUGCAAUGGUUGGAAGAUAUGUUGGACAGCGGUCAAAUACUCGAUAUGUUUGAUGCACUGUAUAGAAAAAAGCCUGGUGCUACUAUGAAUGAUGCAAGACUUCCUCAGAAUGUAACAAAAAAUCGAUAUCGGGAUAUUUCUCCUUAUGACAGCACUCGUGUUAUAUUGAAUGGUAUUGUGGAUACAGAUUACAUCAAUGCUAAUUAUGUCAACAUGUUUAUUCCAGGGAAUAACUGGACAAACCGGUACAUUGCUUGCCAAGGCCCACUACCAAACACAAGUUUUGAUUUUUGGGAGAUGGUAUGGGAACAGAAGUCGACACUUAUAGUUAUGUUAACCACAGUAGUUGAAAGAGGGCGCCCGAAAUGUCAUCAGUAUUGGCCUGAUGGUGGAACAAGUGUUCAGUUUGGUCCCUUCAUUAUUGAAUCAGUAACAGAAGAAGUUACACCUUCCUUUGCGUUCAGGGAUUUUAAACUGUACAAAUGUAAUGAAGAUGGUGAAGUGAAUGGUAAUGAUCUGACCAAGGGAAGAGAUAUUAGACAAAUGCAGUAUAUUGCUUGGCCGGACCAUGGCGUGCCUGAUGAUUCCAGUGAUUUUCUUGACUUUGUGCUUCGUGUUCGUCAGAAUCGAGUUGGUAUGGCCAUUCCUAGUACUGUUCACUGCAGUGCUGGUAUUGGAAGGACUGGUGUAUUAAUUACUAUGGAAACUGCCAUGUGUUUAAUUGAGGCAAACCAGCCUGUAUAUCCGAUUGAAAUUGCUCGAGCAAUGCGUGAUCAGCGUGCUAUGAUGAUACAAACACCAAGCCAGUUUAAGUUCGUAUGUGAUGCAAUACUGCGAGUAUAUAAGGAGGGGUUAGCCCGCCCGAUAUAUUAUGAUGAUUAUGAUGAAGCAGAUAGCAGUGCUGAUGAAACAAACAUUAUUAUCAAAAAGUCCUUGCAAACUUGACACAAAAAAGAGAAUGGUGUCUCUAAAUAACACUUACUUUCUAUCAAUCUACAAUUUUUAAAGUUGAGUAAAUAUAUUUUAGCAGCACUCAACACAAUGUGAUAUGUAAUGUGUAUACUGCCCAACAAAUUCUAUCUGCACUUGCAGCCACAUUCACAUAUUUUUAUACUUGUUUAAAGAAGUUGAAUUCACAAUGUUUACUUUGGAAUUAAUUUAAACAAAUUACUAAGACUAAAAAGUAUUAAAUUUAGAUUGGCUCGAAUAUUUAAAUCUAUUUAAUGUAAAUGUCUGCAUAAUUGUUUGUUAUCUGCAUGCAAAUAAUCAAAAAUCUUUGAUGUGUCGGUUCCCAUGUGUUCACUAUUCACAGUACCAUGCUAGUUCCCAUGCAGUGUGCACAACAUGUUAUUAAAUGUUAUAACACCAAUCUUAUAAGUAUUAAUGCCAUUUUAUCUGUUUUUAUUUAGCUUCAAUCUAACAUAUUGGAUUAUUUAUAGCAGAAAAAAUUGUUUGUUAUUAUUAUCCAUUAUCAAUAAAUGGAUGAACAUCUUUUAAAGGCCUUGGGCAAAUCAGUACAGCUAACCAAAAACCACCCAAAUUCUUGUAUAUAACCUUGUCCUUUAUUGUUGUUAAAUUACAUUUCAUUUAUUUUAUUUUGUGUCCUGCAUGAUCGUCACUAUGUGUUUUUCCCAGCUUUUAAGUAAUUUAUUGUGUUAUAAAAAACCUGUUAAUCGCAUUAAAUCUUAAACAAGUUGAUAUGUCAGUGUUUUAACCAAAUGUCUUAUUUUACGACACUACAUAGUAUACAGAUGUUAUAUUAAUUCUUAUAUUACUAACAUAUUGAAUUUUCAAAUUAUGUAUGUUGUUUUACAAGUAUUUUAAUUUAUAGGAGGCUUUGCAAUCUUUUAAAUUUUGUUCAAAGUAUAGCCGUGCUAUAGAUUAUGCCUGCAAAUACUUCCUCAUUAAGUAAUCCUAAUUAUGUUAACUUUAUUUAAUGCAACCGCCCACAGUUAAAUGUUACAUUAAUUAUUUUAGGUCAUAAUAUAUCAUAAUUUUGUGAUCCCAAGCAUGACUGUGCACAUGGUUGUAGUAUUAAGUCAUAUAUUAGCAUCUGUCACAACCAGUCUCAUUGGUAAAAUGGUGCACAUACCGAGGUCACAUACAAUCUCAGAGUCAUGUUGCUUAUACUGCCCAACACACAUGCCAUCAAGUUUUCCAAAUUUAGUUAAAAAAUUCAUGUUUGAUUUGUUAUUACAUCAGUGCAAUUUCGUAUUUUAAACAAUUGUAUGAAAUUGGAGCAAUGUUAAAUGCAAUGUUAUGAUUGUUUUGAUGAAUUAAAUUUAAAUGGUAAACAUUUGGUUUUAAUAAUUAUUUUUUAAGUUGCUUUGUUACAGCUCAUGUAUAUUUGUGUGCUUAUUUUAUUCGUGCUUUUGCAGUUAAACAGAAUUUGUUUAAGUAAUGUAAAUAGUUACAUGCUAACAAACUUGUGUUUGUGUUUUUAGA